GCUGCCUCCACUUCUUCCGCCUUCGGUUUCUGCGCCUUUCACAGGGCUUCCAACAGCGCUAUGUUGGGACAAAGCAUCCAGAGGUUCACAACCUCUGUGGUCUGUAGGAGCCACUGUGAGGAGGGUCCAGGGAAGAAUUUACCAUUUUCAGUGGAAAACAAGUGGUGGUUACUAGCUGUGAUGACUUUGUACUUUGGGUCUGGAUUUGCUGCACCUUUCUAUAUAGUAAGACACCAACUGCUUAAAAAAUAAUCCAUGAGACAGAUACGA